UUUGAGAAUGAUGCUAAUAUAUUUUGCAAGGAGAGGAUCAGAGAGCAAGGUUCAGAUGACACAUAUCGGAGCUAAAUCAAUUCUAGGAUUCAAGAUGAGUAUGAAAUGUAAACACAUGAGUGAUAGUAUUGUAAUGAAGCAUAUCGAGGCAAGACGGAGAUCAUUGGAAUUGUGUCCGAACCUCAAGGUUGAAGAGCGGAGUAAUCUUAUUCACCAGGUAGAAGAGGCGGGGAAAUAUCUGAGGAAGAGGUUGAGAAUUAUCCGUCUUUGCUCAGAUAACUCUUGGGGUGCAGGCAAACCACACGUAAUAACUCUUGACAUGCAGGCAAACCACACGUAAUAACUCUUGACUUGCAAGCAAACGACACGUAAUAACUCUUGACGUGAAAGCAAACCACACGUAAUAACUCUUGACGUGCAGGCAAACCACACGUAAUAACUCUUGGUGUGCAUGCAAACCACACGUAAUAACUCUUGACAUGCAGGCAAACCAUACGUAAUAACUCUUGACUUGCAAGCAAACGACACGUAAUAACUCUUAACGUGCAAGCAAACCACACGUAAUAACUCUUGGCGUGCAGGCAAACCACACGUAAUAACUCUUGGUGUGUAUGCAAACCACACGUGAUAACUCUUGCACUGCAGGCAAACCUUGGGGCCCUAAAAACCACACCAGAAAACUGGUUCUCUUUAGAAACAUUUAAGCAAUUAGAUGUUUAAUCUAUGUAUUGUGUUUCCUUAUUAAUGCUUAUCUUUACAUAUCAUGCACUUAUUAAACAAAUGAUUUGUAUCUAGAUAACAAUUCAAA